AUGCUUCAAGUCGCCCUCCUCCUCCUCUUUCUCUCCACCACUCUUAGCACCUGCAGUGGAAAUAGUGGGGAGGUGUCAACUGUACGCAAUCUUCUCACCAUCUACACCCUCACCACCGAUGUUGUCUGCUCAUCCGACGCCAUGAGUGUGUACAACUUCACGCACAGCGUUGCUGCAGCUGUGUGCUACGUGCGCUCCCUGAUGCCCUCCGACAAUGAGACGCUGUUCUCUGCUCAGUUGGAGUACCUGUGGGUGCCAGACUGUCUGGUGCAGCAGGCCGUAAGAGCAGGCUGGAUUUUUCGAGUUCUGCAACACCUACAG